AUGUCCUCAAUAGGUUCCCAAGUCCGCAAAGCUACCGUUUCAAUAGAUCCCAUAGUAACAGACUACGCGGUAGGUUACUUAAAUCACUUAUCUUCUACUACAUUAGAUGCAGUCCAAAGUAAAUCUUUAGACUUACCCCUAGAAAUCGAUUUCAUUACCAAAUUAUUAAUCAAUGCAGGCUCUUCUCCUGACAAAGUCGAAUCCCUGGCUAAAUCCAUCUUGGAUCAAUUAUCUACUCAAUUGAAAGAAAAUCAAGCAAAAUUGGAAUUAACUGGUGAUACAUCCAAAAGAUUAUUAGAUAUAAACAUCUUACAAUCACAUAACUCAAAGGAAAAUAUAAACACAACUUUGAACAUGUUAGGUGUCGGAGGUGGUGCAGAUGAUAUCGAACAUGCAGGUAGGAAGAUGGAAACUAGAGUUGAUUUGAAAAAAUUAGCUAAAGCUGAACAAAAAAUUGCUAAAAAAGUUGCCAAAAGGAAUAAUAAAUUUGUUCAAUAUGAAGCUUCUAAAUUGAUUAAUCAAUCUAAUGAAGAAGAUUAUGAUUCAUUCUUUAUGAAAAUUAAUCCAUUGGAAUUUGGAUCAGCUGCUGGUAAAUCCAAGGAUAUUAAGAUUGAUACAUUCGAUUUGUACGUGGGGGAUGGUCAAAGAAUCUUGUCAGAUGCUCAAUUAACGUUAAGUUUUGGUCAUAGAUACGGUCUUGUGGGUCAAAAUGGUAUUGGUAAGUCUACUUUAUUAAGAGCUUUAUCAAGAAGAGAAUUAAACGUUCCAAAACAUGUUUCCAUUUUACAUGUGGAACAAGAAUUGAGAGGGGACGAAACUAAGGCGUUACAAAGUGUCUUGGACGCAGAUGUUUGGAGAAAACAAUUAUUAAGUGAAGAAACUAAGAUUAAUGAAAGAUUAAAGGAGAUGGAUAAAUUAAGAGCAGAAUUCGAUGAAAAUAGUUUAGAAGUGAAAAAAUUAGAUAAUGAACGUGAAGAUUUAGAUAAUCAUUUAAUUCAAAUCUCUGAAAAAUUAGCUGAUAUGGAAUCUGAUAAAGCUGAAGCAAGAGCAGCUUCCAUCUUAUACGGGUUAGGUUUCAGUACAGAAGCUCAACAAAAGGCAACAAAUACUUUCUCAGGUGGUUGGAGAAUGAGAUUAUCUCUAGCAAGAGCUUUAUUUUGUCAACCCGAUUUAUUAUUAUUAGAUGAACCUUCCAAUAUGUUGGAUGUUCCAUCUAUCGCGUACUUGGCUGAAUAUUUGAAAACUUAUCCUGCUACUGUCCUAACAGUUUCUCAUGAUCGUGCCUUCUUGAAUGAAGUUGCAACUGAUAUUAUUUAUCAACAUAAUGAAAGAUUAGAUUAUUAUAGAGGUCAAGAUUUCGAUAGUUUCUAUACAACAAAGGAGGAACGUAGAAAGACUGCUCAAAGAGAAUAUGAAAACCAAAUGGCGUACAGGAAACAUUUACAAGAAUUUAUUGAUAAAUAUAGAUAUAAUGCUGCUAAAUCACAAGAAGCACAAUCAAGAAUUAAAAAAUUGGAAAAAUUACCUGUAUUAGAACCUCCUGAAGAAGAAAAAACAAUUAGUUUCAAAUUCCCUGACUGUGAAAAAUUAUCUCCACCAAUUAUUCAAUUACAAGAUGUUUCAUUUGGUUAUGAUCCUGAAAGUCUAUUAUUAAAGGACGUUAACUUAGAUGUUCAAAUGGAUUCAAGAAUUGCUUUAGUAGGUGCAAAUGGUUGUGGUAAGACUACUCUAUUAAAAGUGAUGAUGGAAGAAUUGAGACCAACAAAGGGGUUUGUAUCAAGAAAUGGUAGAUUACGUAUAGGUUACUUCACACAACAUCAUGUUGAUUCUUUAGAUUUAACAAAAUCCGCAGUAGAUUGGAUGUCCACUGCUUAUCCAGGUAAGAAUGAUGAAGAAUAUAGACGUCAUUUAGGUUCUUUUGGUAUAACUGGGUCUCUAGGUUUACAAAGAAUGCAAUUAUUAUCUGGUGGUCAAAAAUCCCGUGUCGCUUUUGCAGCAUUAUGUCUAAAUAAUCCUCAUAUUUUGGUUCUUGAUGAACCUUCCAAUCAUUUAGAUACUUCUGGUUUAGAUGCUUUAGAAGAUUCAUUGAAAAACUUCAGUGGGGGUGUCUUAAUGGUUUCUCAUGACAUAUCCAUCAUUGAUAGUGUUUGUAAUGAAAUUUGGGUUUCUGAAAAUGGUACUUGUAAAAAGUUCCCUGGUACUAUCUACGAUUAUAGGGAUUAUAUCUUAUCUUCUGCAGAUGCUAGCGGUGUUGUCAAAAAACAUUGA